CCUUCCCCACUCUCAAAACACACGCGCCCACACGCGCACACACUUCCCAUAAUCCAUCUUUUCUUCCUAAAUCAAAAACCACUAACCCCACCCCCCCACUUCACUAGUUUUCCCCGACCAGACCAGUCCCAUCCUAACCUUUGAGAUUUUCCAAGUGAUUCUCUCCCCCGUGAUCUGCCUAUAAAUCUACUAAGCACACUCUCAAAGGAUACAGUCACAUAUAGAGAAAGCAAAAAAAAAAAAUGUCAAUGGACUUGAUGGCAACCGAACGUGUUUGUUAUGUUCACUGCAACUUCUGCAACACCAUUCUAGCGGUAAGUGUUCCAUACAGCAGUUUGCUAACCAUAGUGACGGUUAGAUGUGGACAUUGUGCCAAUUUGCUAUCAGUUAACAUGGGAGCGUCACUUCCAACAUUUCCUCCUCAAGAUCCCCAGUCACAGAAACAGCACCUGAGCUUUGAAGAACCAAGCAGCAAGGAACUGGGAUCAUCUUCAAAAUGUAACAAAAUAGCACCAUUUGAGGCAGUAGAGCAUGAACAACCUAGGAUUCCUCCCAUUCGUCCUACAGAGAAGAGACAUCGCGUUCCUUCUGCUUAUAACCGGUUCAUUAAAGAGGAAAUUCAAAGGAUUAAGGCUAGUAAUCCCGAUAUCAGCCACAGGGAGGCUUUCAGCUCCGCAGCCAAAAACUGGGCACAUUUCCCUCACAUUCACUUUGGAUUAAAGCUGGAUGGCAACAAACAAGCAAAGUUGGACCAGGGUGAAGGAACUGAAAAGUCUAAGGGAUUCUACUGAUAUAAAUGGAAGCCUGUGAGUAUCAGCUUGUUUUUUUCAUGCUUGACCUAAAUCAGUGAAAAAUGAGGUUGAUCAAAUUUCCCAAUCGUACAACUGGGAUGGGAAACUCCUGCAAAGCCUCUCACCAAUGUUUAAUAGUACAUGUAUUGCCCUUUUCUACAUUAUUGUUAUGAAAUGAUUGCUAUUCUUGUGAUUGCAUUUAUUGUGUUAAAUUUGAACACUUAAGUAAA